AUGUCCGUCUCAGCAGCCUCGAUUCCCGACACUUCGCUUGGCCUCACCUCGUCCGAAAUCCAGAUACUCCGACAGCAGCAACAGAUUGCUCUGCAGGGCGGCCAUGCCGGCAAUGGAAUGUCUCGGGGCCGAGGAACGGGGCGAACCAGCAAUUCCAGCUCACGCGCAACCAGCGCCGCCAGCAGCCAGGGCCGCUUGCUGCUGGACCCGAUGAGCCUGCGCGCCCUGUCACACCAGCUGGACAAUCUUCAAUCUCGAAUCCGCCACCACAUAGAAGAUUUAGAACAAGAGAUGCAAGAAUCGAUCGCCCGCACCUACGACCGCGCCGGCAAUGUUAUGCGUAACGCGCAGGCGGAGAUCGACCUGACCCGUCGCAUUCUCGCCGACAUCGACGACCUGGACAAUGAGCUGGCCAAGAUCUCUCACAUCCGUGAUAUCGUCAAGGGCUUUCGCGCCCGCAUCGAGACGCUGGAUCAUCGCAUGGACCAUUACCCAUCCGUUCAUCGCUCGAAUUGUUAUCCAUCCCCGACACCAACAUCAACGCGUACUUCAUUCUCAAGCCGAAGUCCUCUCUCUUCCCGCCAUCCUCCCUCCUCUUAA